AUGCCACCCAAGACAGUCAUAAUAGGCGCCGGCAUUGUUGGCACAAACCUAGCCGAUGAGCUCAUUUCCCGCGGAUGGAAAGACAUAACCGUCAUCGAACAAGGCCCCCUCAACCUCCCCGGUGGUUCGACCUCGCAUGCGCCCGGGCUAGUUUUCCAGACCAAUGGCUCGAAAACAAUGACCCAAUUGGCACGGUAUACAGUCCAGAAACUGAGCUCGAUUGAGAAAGAUGGACAGAAUUGCUUUAAUGACGUUGGUGGGUUGGAGGUUGCUACGACGCCGGAACGGGUUGAGGAGUUGAAAAGGAAGGAUGGAUACGCGAAGUCGUGGGGGAUUGAGGCAAGACUACUGAGUGCAAAGGAGUGUGUUGAGAUGUAUCCGCAUUUGAAUAAGGAUGUUGUCCUUGGGGGUUUGCAUACGCCUAACGAUGGGUUGGCACUUGCUGCGCGCGCGACACAGUUGCUUAUCGAAAGGACUCGUCAGGCCGGUGUCCGGUAUCUCGACUUAACGCCUGUCACCGGCAUCGAACAGACAAAUGGCCAUGUCACAGGCGUGACAACACCUAACAGCACCAUCCCUGCGGACACCGUCAUCUCCUGUGCCGGCUUCUGGGGCGUCGAAGUAGGCGCUAUGGCCGGUGUCUCGAUCCCACUACUCCCACUAGCACAUCAAUAUGCAAAAACAACCGCUGUCCCAGCUCUCACCAACCGAGAAAUUAGAAACCUACCCAACGGCCGCAACGCAAUCCUCCCAAUCCUCCGACAUCAAGACCAGGAUCUCUACUACCGCGAGCAUGGCGAGCAGUACGGCAUCGGGUACUACGGGCAUCGUCCAAUGCCGGUUCGCGCGGCGGACUUGGGCUUAACGCCUAAACACGUCGAUGAGCAGAAUAUGCCUUCUCGUUUGCAGUUCACGGCUGAGGACUUUGAGCCUGCGUGGAAGGCUUCCCAAGAACUCUUGCCGGCGCUGCGCGAGACUGAAGUUGCUGAUGGGUUUAACGGUAUCUUCUCAUUUACGCCAGACGGUGGUCCACUUAUCGGACAAGCACCGAGUUUGGAUGGGUUCUACGUUGCUGAGGCUGUCUGGGUAACGCACUCUGCGGGCGUUGCAAGGGCUGUAGCGGAAAUACUUACCACGGGUACAUCUCAAAUCGAUGUCGCAGAAUGCGAGCUAUCCCGCUUUGAAGAAAUUCAAAUGAGCCGGGAAUACGUCGACGAGACAUCGCAGCAGAACUUUGUCGAGAUAUAUGACAUUCUACACCCCCUACAACCCAAAGAGUCACCUCGAAACCUCCGACUCAGUCCCUUCCACGCACGACAACGGGAGCUGGGUGCAUUCUUCCGAGAAGUCGGAGGCUGGGAGCAGCCGUCGUGGUACGAGGCGAAUGCAGAGCUGCUCAAGAGCCUUCCGAAUGAGUGGAAGCCUGUCGAGCGAGAUGCAUGGUCUUCGCGGUUCUACUCACCCAUCGCUGCGGUAGAGGCGUGGAAGACGCGCAAUGCAGCUGCUAUGUAUGAUGUGACUACGUUUCAUCGGUUUGAGGUGUUUGGUCCUGGGGCUGUCAGUCUGCUGCAACGAUUAUCCACGGGCGAUGUCACGGCGAAACCAGGGACAGGGACUAUCACCUAUGCUCUUCUCCUGAACGAAGAUGGCCGCAUCCACAGUGACAUAUUCGCAGCUCGACUCGACACAGACCUGUUCCAAGUUGGCGCGAAUUCUGCUACCGAUCUAGUUUACCUCACCCGCGAAGCACGCCUCCAAUCCCAACACUCCCCGGCCCAAUGGGUCCAAGUCCGCGACAUUACUGGCAGCACCUGCUGCAUCGGUCUCUGGGGACCUCGCUCUUUAGAUUUCAUCAAAGGCCUCACAGCAGACGACUUCUCCAACAACGCCCUUCCCUACAUGCAUGUGAAAAAGGCAACCAUCGCGGGGAUCCCGGUCACAGCAUUGCGCAAGUCCUACGUCGGGGAAUUUGGCUGGGAGAUCCAGACUAGUGCUGAAUAUGGCCAACGGCUAUGGGACGCUAUUUUCCACACAGGAAAGUCGCAUGGACUUAUCGCAGCGGGUCGCAGUGCCUUUAAUGCAUUGAGGCUGGAGAAAGGGUAUCGCACUUUUGGCACCGAUAUAACCACCGAGUACGACCCAUUCGAAGCCGGUGUCAGUUUCGCCAUUGCAGAUAAAAAAGAGGAUUAUGUCGGUAAAGUUGCCCUCGAACGACGCAGUAAACAACCGGCUCGGCGACUGCGCUGCCUUACUAUCAACGACGGUCGUUCCAUGGUCCUUGGAAAAGAGCCAGUGUACUAUAACAACCAGGCUGCUGGGUAUGUCACCAAUGCAGCGUUUGGGUAUACAGUUCGCAAACCGAUUGCCUAUGCUUGGCUACCCAGCACUGUGGUCGAGGGCGAGACUGUUGGAAUCGAAUACUUCGGGCGCAAAAUCCAGGCUACCGUCACGCCCGAGCCACUGUACGACCCGCAAAUGAACCGUCUACAUGGCGCCAGCUCCGUCCCCGAGCCUCAUAAACCAUUCAAGUCUCGACUAUAA